UUGUACUUGUAUACCUACUCCCCCCGACCAAUCCAAACCGAACGGACUUAGCCAACACCAACCCCAGAAUAACUCCGCCCGUAUCCCUCCUCUGCAACAGACAACAAGCACGUCAGGCAACACACACUCUUUCGCAACGGAGUCGUGUAACGUGCUAUCCUCUCAACUAGUACAAUCACUCGGCUACGCCCUUCGGAUUACUUAUCCCUGGCCCCAAAAAAACCUGAAAAUGAAAUCGUCAUUCCUCAUUUCUAAGCAACUCGGGUUGCACUAUUUACAUGAGCGCGGGGCCAACCUCAUAGCCGCGGCGCUGCCCCCACCUUGUGUCGCCCCCGGAUGCCCUCCGUAUAAAGCUCCCGGAGAGAGCUUCAAUGCCCUUUGCAAGACUGCAAUACAUUCCUAAGACGCUGCAAAGAUUUCCACGUAUACCGCCCUCGAAGGUUCCAAUUCGCGCCCUCCUGUCUAGCACAAUGGCAUCCAGCGAGCCGAACAUCGUUUUGUACACGGCGCAGACGCCGAACGGCAUCAAGGUGUCCAUUACGCUCGAAGAGCUGGGCCUACCCUACAAGGUCCACCCCAUCAAGUUCUCCACCAACGAGCAGAAGGAAGACUGGUUCCUCAAGAUCAACCCGAAUGGCCGCAUCCCCGCCAUCACCGACACCUUCACCGACGGCCAGCAGAUCAAUGUCUUCGAGUCCGGCUCCAUCAUGCAGUACCUGGUUGCUCGAUAUGACAAGGACUACAAGAUCAGCUACCCGCCGGGAUCGCGCGAGCAUGUCGAAAUGACGAAUUGGUUGUUCUUCCAGAACGCUGGCGUGGGACCAAUGCAGGGGCAAGCAAAUCACUUCACUCGCUACGCCCCCGAGCACAUUGAGUACGGCGUGAACCGGUAUCAAAACGAAACUCGCCGCCUAUACGGGGUGCUCGACAAGCACCUUUCCAGCAACAACACCCACUAUCUGGUCGGUGAAAAAUGUACAAUCGCAGAUAUAGCUCACUUCGGGUGGGUCAACGCCGCGGGCUGGGCAGGCAUCGACAUCGACGAAUUCCCUGCGCUCAAGGCCUGGGAAGAGAGGAUGUCGAAGAGGCCUGGCGUGGAAAAGGGCCAGCACGUCCCCGAGCGCAAUACGAUCAAGGAGAGGUUGAAGGACAAGAAGGCGAUGGAGGAGGCAGCAGAGAAUGCCAAGAAGUGGAUACACAGCAAGCCGAGUGAGCAAAAGUAAGUUUUGUCCAGAUCCAGCAGCGGUUCGUCACAGUUCUCGUGGAGGAGAAGUGAAUGUCUGGAGCUGCGUUAGGGUAGCUUGUAAGGGAAGAGAAGCAUGAUUGACUGUUCUGGCCCAAGCAGACUGUAACGCCAAAGCGAACAAGAUACUCAAAGAAUAACAACAACGCAAACCAUGAGAGGCUUGUUGAUGUUAGCUGCAUUUGCAUCGGACCACCUCAUCCCAGUCAGGGCCCUCCUAUAGCUGAUGCAGCAUCAUAAAAGUUUCCGCUCCAUGGCAAUAUGGCUGAACUUCGGGUGGAAGUGAUGUAUAUUUCUUUUUCUUGAUAGUUAUGUCCCUGUUGGAGUUGGGAUUUGCAUCCUAACGGUCCAUUGCUGUUCUCACUGACUGUUUCCUGCUUCCUUUUGCACAUUCUCGGUUUCCGAUAUGUAGCAGCCAUAGGUAUUUGAUCUCUGAUAAGUGCCAG